UCUUCUUCUUCUUCUUCUUCUUCAUUUUUUAGCCCCUCUCGGUGCAACUUACGCACGAUUAUUGCAAUUUGCAUACAGUCCCAGGAAUUUUUCAUGCAGGUAUAAACAACCGCUCAUAGCCAUUGAGUGCACAACUCAUCAUUGCUUCCAAUGCAAACUGUAUCCAUCCCAUUCCUAUCUUUAUCACCAAAAAACAAAAACAGUAAGAACACUAUAAAUACCCCAUGAUGCCAGCCUCUUUCCUUCCCCUUCCUCCUCUCCUCUCCUCUCCUGUCCUCCCGUUCUGUACUUCUAAUUUCUAAAGCUCUAAACUCCUCCAUGCCGUUCAAUUUCACGAUCUCCUCCUCCUCUGGCAAGACUGAUACAUGAUAAAUCACUCACGCACAAAUAAACGAUUAUCCAUUUCAUCCCACCUCAUCUCCACCACACUCCUCAAUCAAUUGCUUACAAAUAUAUCCACAUCCUCUCACUUUCAGUAACCAGAAAAAGAAAAAGCACGGCCCCCCUACUUCCCAGAAGAAUUAGCACGACAAAAACAAAGAAAAUACUGCUACGACAUUCCAGAAAAAGGAGAACCGUACAAUCAUCAAAAUGGAUCAUCUCAAAUUUGUAAUACCAGCCAGUGAGGCUGAAUCAGUGGCCCAAUCAUUGGGUCUCCCCUCCGUCCUCCACCUCCUCCCCACCUUGGUUCAACCGGCCCAGUCCCUUGCUCGUCCUCCCAUCUCCAAAUUCCCCGUCGGGGCCGUCGGCCUCGGCUCCGACGGCCGCGUUUUUAUAGGCGUCAAUCUCGAGUUUCCUGGUCUCCCCUUAAAUCAAUCCGUCCACGCAGAGCAGUUCCUCUGCAACAACCUCGCCGUCCAUGGCUGCCCUCGCCUCAUUGCUCUCGCCGUCUCCGCCGCCCCUUGUGGCCACUGCCGCCAGUUCUUCCAAGAACUCCGGGAUUCUUCCUCUCUCCAAAUCCUCAUCACCUCCGACCACCCAAAUCAAAACUUUUCAAAAUCUCCCCUCCCCUUUAAGCCAUUGCCGGAAUUCUUAACCAACCCAUUUGGCCCCUGUGAUCUGUUGGAUAAAGAAUCUCCCCUCCUCCUCGAACCCCAUAGCAAUGGGCUAUCUUUUGAUACUUCCCGAAAACACGCAAAUUUGUGCAAUGGAUAUUCAAAAGAAUCCGAACUUGAUGGGAACUUUAAAAAUUUAAGCAAUGGGUUUUACGGAGAGUUGGAAGAAAGUGAGGCCCUUCUGAGGAUAGAAGCAUUGGAGGCUGCCAACAAGUCACAUGCACCGUAUAGCGGGUGCCCAUCCGGGGUGGCCCUGAUGGAUCCCGAAGGGAAGGUGUACAGGGGAUCAUAUAUCGAGUCUGCAGCAUAUAAUCCGAGUUUGGGGCCGGUUCAGGCUGCACUGGCGGCGUAUAUAGCUUGGGGAGGAGGUGGAUACGAGAGGAUUGUGGCGGCAGCUCUGGUGGAGAGGGAAGGUGCUAAAGUCAGUCAUGAGGAUACUGCGAGGUUGCUGUUUAAGAGGGUCUCACCUAAGUGUGAGUUUAGGGUGUAUCAUUGCUCUUCUGUUGAGAAUGGAUGUAAAAAAUCUUCAGAAUGAUCUGAGGUAACAAAUAGUAUUCAGGGAAGAUGUUGUGAUUGAAUUGCCUGCAAUUGUGGAUUUUGUACGUCAGAUAUCUCUAUCGGAAGUGAAGGGAUGAGUCAAUAAUAUUUGAGAAUCUAAUAAGUUCUUCGUUUCUAUAAAUUUUUGUUUUUGGUGUGUGUGUGUUUCCUGUUUUCAUGGGAUCCUAGUUGCAUAGGCCAUAUGUGUAUCAUUGCAAUUGCUAUGUGAUCUCUUCACUUGAACUCGCUCCUACUCCCUGCGCUUAUGGAUAGUGAUCCCAAUAUAAACUAGAGUUUCGAAGGAAUAGAAUUUGAAAAAGCUUAGCAUCUGCUGAUUCACAGAACAAUCCCGGAUGACAACUGGUGCGGCCGUGCAGGUAUAGCCGUACAAGUAAAGCAUGACUCUGUUAUUAUUGUCUGCGGACCAGUUAAUGUUGUUUGAGGUGUAUAAUUACUAAAUAAUUAGUAAUUUUAUUAUGCUUUUCUGGAUUUGGAUUUCCACGUUACUUUAUUAGAAUUUGCGCCGGAAAUUCUAUGCCCCCCUCCGAUUAAGUUGCGUAUGAGGAGAUGUGAGAUAAUUUGGUUGGAGGUAGAGCAGUCUGAGUAGGAUCUCCACUAUCUGAACUUUUACAAAGCUAACUAUUUGUGGCAAGCUGAAGUGGACAAAUCCACCACUUUUUGUAUAUGAGAUGAGCUGCAAAAUCCUAUCUAUAACUUCACAGUAAGCCCAGUAACAUAUUUUCAGCUACGCAGAAAGCAGAAAGCAGGGGACAAAGAUGAAGAAGGAAGAGUUAGUGGUGCUGGUGCAAAUUGUUGUUCUGAGACGAUACAAAGUUUCUGCACCCCACUCUUGACCACUUGACAACAUGCAUAAAACUCAUUUGACUGUCUUCUAGCCCUUGCAACUUAAAGAAGCAGCAGGAAACAGUAAUUAGACAGUAAGAAUGGCCUGAAGGAAUGGAUUUUAGGAGAUAUGAAUGCUGUAGCUUUCUCCGGGUUGAGCACCUUGAUUUUGAAGUGCAAGAAAGUUCUGGUUAAGCUGUCAAUUUUUCGAGGCUAUCAUUGAGGAGAGGAACCAGGUGGCUUUUGGACACUUUUCACAUGAAAAUGCUCUCCUACCUGGUUCUACAACCACCCAAAAGAAUGUGGGUCAAAGAAGUGCUAGAAUCCGUCACGUUUCUGUUUGAUUCCUAGGUGCCGUGUGGGGCUUUUUUGACACUUCGACUUGGAAUUCUUGCCCGUUAUGUUAUGUUUAAGGUGGUGAUUCAUGGUUGACCGAGUAAAGCAUUUGGGAGGCAUAUGAAGGUCCUGGGAAGCCCUCCAGUUAUAAAAUGCUACUCGAAUUUCUUUUUUGCCAAUUAGGUCGAUUGAUGGUCGAGCUUGACUAAAUCAACAUCUGGCGUUUACUAAUGUGUACUAUUUAGCAUAUUCUUUGCUCUAGAAUUGUAGUGAACGCAGAAUUGCAGUGUGUACUAAUGAAUUCUCUCUCUUUCGCACG